AUGGUGAUUUCAGGCUUAGAUCUUUCUCCACCCAGGAGGAGAAAGGUUAACGAAGUUCCCGCUCAAAACCAGCAGGGGAAAUUCGGUUUAAUUACGGGUAAAGAAUUAAAAGAAGAAAUUACCAAAGCAAAGAAGGAAGAAUUACAGAGGUUUAAGGAACUGGAUCCUUCCAUAAGUGGCAGAGGUGCUGAACCAGUUUAUCGUGACAAAUUGACAGCUGAGGCCAGGUUGAAGGAAUUGGAAAGUGAGAAACACAAACCAUUUUCCAGGAGCCUGGAUGACCCUGAACUUGAUAAAAUUCUGAGGGAAAGAAUCAGGUCCGGCGAUCCCAUGGCGCCGUACUUGGGGAAGAAAAACCAAAAGGAGGAGCCAAUUUUGGAGGAUUUAGGUGAUCAUGAGAAGAUGAAAGAAUCUGGAUUCAUCAUUCCUCAGGGAAUUCCGGGUUUCAGCUGGCUCAGAAGAGGAGGAAUAUGUCCUCCACAAAAACGAUAUGGUAUUAGACCUGGUAGACAUUGGAAUGGAGUUGAUCGUAGCACUGGAUUCGAUAAGCGAAUGAUUCAGGCAUAA